AUGUCCCCCGCCAAGGCGAGGCCCAAGGCAGACAAAGACGGAUGGGUGGAUCAGCCACGUGGGCGCCGUGCCCAGAGGCAGGCCCGCAGCGCGGCCUCGCGGGGAGCCUCCGCCAAGUCGCAGACCUCGGCGUCGGCAGCGAUCGAGCAGCUCGAGGCGCUGCAGGCCGAGCCGCCUGACGGCGUGGACGGUUGCUUCACCGACGUCGUGGCCAGCCAGCUGGGGGCGAAGCGCGCCGAGUUGGUCAGGGCCCACAAGGCGGCAGCAGAGCAGAAGGCCUCCUCCCUGCCACGGGCGGCGCAGCUCCACAGGGCGGCGAACGCCAUCAGCAGGGGUGGGAAGCGGCUCCGAGCAGCCCGCCUGGAGCUCGAGCAGAAGCAGGCGGCGCGUAGCCUCGUCGAGGCCCAGCUCCAGAAGGCCCAGGAGGAGCUUGCGGAGCUCGACGCGGAGGUUGAGGGGGCGAGCCGUGCGCUCCUGGCGAUGCGCCGCCAGCGCGCUGCCGAGUGGGCAGGAGCCAGCCAGGUGCCAGGGCUCCUCAUGCAGCUGGAGAAGUUGCCCGAGGCCUGGGGCUCCAGCAACUUCGAGGUGGCCUGGGCAGCCAUCCGCACCCAGGUGGAGGCGGUGCAGGCGCAGCUCGCGGGGGCACCUGUGGUAGCGGUAGCUCCUGGCAGCCACAGCCAGCCGCAGAGCGAGGCCAAGCUGAGCGGCGUGGCAAGGCAUGCAAGCGGGAGCUGGCUGCAGAGGCAGCGGACCUGGCUCCUCUGGCUGCUCGUCAUGCUGGCCGCGCCGCUGGGGGCCGCGUUGGAGGAGCGCAGCCAGGGCCAACGAGUGCCUAGGGAGACCAGUGCGGCGGGCCUGCGCCAGCACGAGUGCGGCCGCGCCGAUAGCGCCCUGGUGGAGCCCCACGGCAUCGACGUUAGCGACCCGCCCAGGUACCUGGGGCACGCCGCAGGGCCCAGCAUUGUCCUCAUGCCCCAGGGCGCGGAGCAGAACGAGGUCGGGGCCCACGUGAUCGGCACUAGCGAGUGGAGCGACCCCAUUGGCCAAGCAGGCGUACCUGGGCAUCCCGAGGCGAUGGCAAUGAGUGCGGACCUGCAGCAGCCAGCCGAGCUGCCACUCAGGGUACGCGCUCGGAGGCUGGAGGCGGUAGCAGCCAGGCGCGCCAGGGCCGCCACUGCGGUGCGCUGUGCCUCGCCCGCCGACGCGGUGGUGCGGUCCCUGGAGCGGUUCGGCUGGUGCGUCGAGUCGGAGCGGAGAAUGGUCGUGGACCUCGGCGACGAGUUCGAUCCCGUGUUCCUCGGGCCUCGGGCGAGGAGCUUUGAGGCAAGCUCGGUUGCUCUGCAGGCCUCCAACCGCCAUGAGAGGCAGAAGCUCAGCUGCGACCCCCUCUUGCUGCGGCUGUUGUUCGGGGACGCCAUCGGACAAUUGCUCGGGCCAGGAAUCGAGCUGUACGUGAAGGGGCAGCAUGUGCGAGGUGCCUACAUCUCCAACGCACACUGGACGAUGAGGGUCUGGAGGCUUCGGCAGCCAGUCGAUGGCAGGCUCAACGGCAAGCUGUACCUCGACGGCUCGGCCAAGAGUAGCGAAGGGUGCUGGCCGCUGCGGCUGCGGAGCCUCCUCUGGCUGGAGAGGCGGCCACUCCUGGAGAGCAGCCGCUCGACGGGGAGCAGUGCGGCAGCCCUCUCGGCUACCGCUGUCGCCUUCAGCAUCCUGGGGCACGCGCUCAGCUACGCCUGCGCGGGCGAAGGCGAGGACGCCCAGGAGAUCGUGGCCUGCUCCAAGCGCGGCGCCCACAAGGUGCUGGGCAGCCACGCGGGAGGCAAGUCUCGCCUGAAGGUGCAGUGCCCAGGGCCCAGCUACCUGACCAACAAGUCAGGCAGGAACCAGCGCAGCCUGUGGGGGCGAGGGCUCCAUCCUGGAGGCAGGCCGCGAGCGGGCAAGCAGAGAGUGAAGGGAGAGGGCAUCCCUGCCUUGCGCUCGCAAGGGCCGGCGCCAGGGCAUGCCCAGGAGCGCUACCUGAAAUGGCUCGGCAUGGAGGCGGAGCCUGCAGGCAAGGCCUCAGCUGCGGCCAGCAGCUCUGGCAGCGGCCCAGCGGCCCCCGCGGCGGCGUUGGCGGCGGAGGAGGCUGCGGCUGCCAGCCUGCCCCAGCAGCGUCCAGGCCUGACGAGUGCUGGGCCCCUCGGCGCAAACGAGGCCACCGAGGAGGUGAGCGCUGCCGCGGGCGCAGCGGCGAGCGACGGCCAGAUGAGCCGCAGGGUCCGCCGCCGUCUGGCGCGCCGCGGCCUGGAGUCUGAGAGUGAGUGA